CGUCAGCGUGACGUUGACGUCCCGCUGACGCCCAGAUAAGGCGCUUGUCCUAAGAAACCAGACCUUAAGGCAUAUCUUUUGAAGCAUUUCAUAUAAUAUGAGUCACAUUUAAAAUUAAGAAAAAUUUUAAGAAACGAGCGUGAAAUAAAAUAAUUUUCUGAAUAUUGUAAAAUGUUUAUAAUAAUUUCAUAUUUAUUAAAAAAAACGGAAAUAAUUUACAUGGAUUGCAUUUUCGAUGAAAAAGUGGCGAACGGAUGGCGACUGAUAAACAAUUUUUAAUACCAAUUGUUUUAUUUUAUCACACGUGAUCAGUUGCUGCCAUUAAUUUAGCAUUAUACUGUAUAGGGCAACAAAGACCACCAAAUUUCCCCCAAAGAAUUUUUUUUUUAAUAUUCCCAAGGAUAGACUAGGAGUAAAAUUCUUUAAUAAUUUUAAUUUUCAAAAAUCUUCUAUUCCUGCUUUAAAAACGUCUGCAUUUAUCUUAAGAAAUUAUAGAAUUACAUAUGUUGGUAAAAAAUAUUGAUAUCUGUAAAAUGCAUAACAGGAGUCAAAUUUAUUCUGUUUCUAAAAAAAAUAUUUUGUUUUCUUUUUUUACUCUUAACGGUAGACACAAUUUUAAUCGUCGCCUAAACUUUUUUUGUCUUUAAUUUACAUGAGUUAGAAAUGUUACAGACAUGUAAACAUGGAGUGUAGCUGUAGAUCCUAGCUUUACGUUAGUUAACUAACGCAAAAAUUAAAUGCUCAUAAGUUGGAUAAGUAAAUUAUAGCUAAAACAAAAAGUUGUCUCACUCACCUCAACUGACACAAAUGUAGAAAGAGCUACAGACUUCACUUUAUUCAUGCUUAUUAUUAUUCAAUAUCUCAGGGUAAAGGGAUUUGGUUUUCUUACUUUUUUUGAACCGAAGGUAUAUUACAUUUUUAACUGUUAGUUCAUAAAUUAAAGAAACAAAUAUUAAAUUAGUCAUUUAUGCUUUUUAGGAUGAAGAUGUUUGUACACUUAUAAUAAAAAACAGUUUUUAAAUAAAAGAAAUUGAAGUCGUUUUUAAUAAAAGAAGAUGUCAAACACUAUUUUCUUACUGUGCCACUUAUGGCUGUAGAAAAACCAAUAUUUUUGUUAAAUUCAUUUAAGAAUGUAAAAUUUAUUAUACUGUAAAUGAUAUUUUGAAGAAAUUAAAGUAUAAAUAACUAAAAAAAUGACUUUUCUUUGAAUUAACUGGUUAAAGAAUGAAUCAGACCAUGGGCGCACUGUUAAAACUGGACAACUGUAUAAAAUAUACUUUAGAAAAAAAAAAUGCUUGCAAUUACUCUUUAGUUUCAAUUAAUGUUUUAUCUUAUUGUAAGAAAUGUCUAGUUAUAACACUUUCUUCUUUGUGAUACUUGGAUUAGUUACAAUGUUUUCUUCGCAACUAUAAAAAAUGUAUCGAUAAAUGAAAAUUGCAAAUUACUUAGUUUAAUUAAUAUACUAUUUAUCAAUAGGUUUUUGGAAAUUUCGUAUCGAAAUUCAAAUUUAUUCGUACUCAAUAGUUUAUACACUCUAAAAAAUCCAGGAGGAAAUUACGGUAAAAUUGGGUGAAAGUAUUUUUCACCUUGAAACUUGACGGAACAAAAAAUCUGAUAAAGAGUAUUUUUUUUAUAAACUGCAAUAUUUACUGAAAAAACACUGAACUGCGGUAAUUAAAGAAAUGUAACUGUAAAACUUAUGGUAUAAAAUUUUACUGUUAAAAUGGAUUUUACGGAUACUGCACCCAUAGUUCCAGUACUAUUUUGCCGUAAUUUUGCAUGAUAUUUUUGCCAAUGUCUCCAAGAAAACCAAUUACAGCCUCAACCAGAUGGCAUCUUCCAAUUCAAAAAUGCCUGGCCACCUACCUUUUUUAAAAACUUAUUAAAACUGCACCCAUUACCACAAUACCAGCAGAAAGUAUUAUCAAAACUAAUAAAGCACCAUUAGAAGCAAUACGACAAGUUUACGCGGUUUCACGAAGCGAAUAAGUGCCAUCAAUUUUGCUUCUUAUUGCGUAAUUAGUUUUUAUUUUUAAUUCAGUUACCGUUGAUUUUGAAUUACUUAGUUUUAUUGAAAUACGUUUCAAAGCGUAAUCAUGUGCGAAAAUUAAACACCCAGUUUCAGACAAUUUUAAAAAGGUUAAUUUGAUGCCGUAGCUACAACGAUCACGUUGAUCAUUGAGCUUAGCUGAUAUAACGAGCAAUAAACUCUUUUCAUGAUUAAAUAAAGUUAUAAUUUAGCUGUACGGAAUUCGUAUCUACCAACCAUUGCUGGGAUCCGCACCCAAAUUAGAAAGCUCUAUCCCCGCAGCCACUAUGGCUCAGAGACUAGCAUUGGCUAAAUGCAACAUAUGUGCAAGCAAAAUUAGCUCACAUCAUCCAACUGUAGUCAAUAUUCCAUCUUUUAACGGCCAUGGUAGCAAAUUUAGAGCACAUAAUGUAAAAAAAAAUUAAUCGCACGAAAAAAAAAUUUUUAAACUGAAAAAAAAAAUUUUAAUUAAAAAUUUCCUGCACUUUGAAAUAAAUGGUUUAAUAAAAUAAUCGAAAUUUAAACGAUGGAAUAAGUACCUAUACGUAAUUAGAAUUUUCGGAAAUUGAGAAUUUAUCGAUUAUAUAUUUCUUGUUUUUUAAAUUCUUUAUUUUUCGUGAUUCCUGAUAGUUAAGGAACAUUAUUUACAAUUUUUUUUAAAUUAUCACUUUUCUAUUGCUUAUGUAUCUGAAGAUUGGGAAUCAAUUUUUUAAGGAUCUAAAACUAAUAUUAAUUGAAUUGAACCGAAAAAUUAAUCAACUGUUUUUCCUCUCUAACUUCUCCUUCAUACUUUAAGCUUAUUCUCUAAAUUUGUGAUGAAAAAAAUUAUAUUCAGAUGCUAUGAUAAUUUUUAUUUUUGAAAUAUGAGAUAUAAAAUAAUCUGCAGGGCCAGCUGCCAUGCUGGAAGGUUUUUCUACGAAGUCUCAUUUUAGAAUUUUUCAAAAAAUCAUGAAUUUUUAUUCCUUGAUGAAAGAUAGAUUUAAUAUUAUACAAAGCUUUACGUUUUAUUUUAUAUUUUACAACAAUCGUUGAACAGCCAAUUUUGAACAUUAUUGCCAAAAAAAUUGAUAAGCAUCAUUGGGAAAUAACAAAUAGUAAAAGCAGCCACGAUGACUAACAUUACUUUUAAAUUUUAAUAUUUUUAUUAUUGACAAGAAUUAUCGCCCCUCUGAAUCCAAUCACCUGAUUAAGUUGCUACGGCAUUUAAUUUUGCCGCGUUGCAGUUACAGAAAUUCCUUUACUUGUUUAGCAGCUUCUGAAGCGACCCAAAAAAUUCUUAGAUAACAAAUCGCAAGGACAAUCACUGGAAACGCGAAGAAAGAUAUAAAACAAAAUGCUUAUGUUCCUUUUUGUCUCAAAAUUAUGUUAAGUCCACUGUUAGGAUCAUAAUCAUAUUUUCUCCAAAUUUCGAAGAAGGGCAAGAGGGAUAUUAUAAAAAAAAAUAAAAAAAAUCAAACUACGCAAGAAUUAUCUGAAGUACUAGAUAUUUCGUUCUGUAUUUCAAAUGAUAAUUAUUUAUAAUCAUCGUUGAGCAGCAGACUCAAUUUCCCGCUAACUCGCAUCUGAGUUACACGGUGAGGAAACCCAUGAAAACCUCUAACGGUUAACCUGACUUUAACCCAUGAUACGUCUACCACUGAGGCUAUUUUAUGUCAGCACUGUAGUCGGUACGAGCCAGGUGGAGAAUUGGUAUCGACCAGUCAUUGCUGGGAUUCGAGCCUGGGUCACCUAAUUCUAAUUGAGAGGUGAGGGCUCAAUCCUCUGACCCACCACGGAUCCAAUGCAUUAUUUUCAUGAUACAUCCUGUCUUAUAAGGAGAAAACAAAUAAUUUUUUCUGUAAGUCUUUUAUUCUUUUUAAAUCCAUGUACUGUCUUGCAAUUACGUAGUGACUCUUCAUUCUAAUUGAAAAUUCCAAUUGAACCUCACUGAGGGGUAAACUAGUGAUGGACUGAUAUCAUGUGUUUUAAUGGAUACACAGAAUAGUUAGAAAAGGUAUAUUCUAUGUUUAAAUUAGGAAUUAAUAUUCCAUUUUUGAGAUAAACUUAACUUCAAAAAAUAAAAAAAGUAUUUCAUCCAGCAAGCAAAGGAAAAGAAAAAUUAAAUCUAGCAAAAACUUGUUUUUCCUAUUCUAAAAUGAUUGUAAAAAAGGCACACCAUUAGAUAGUUGAAUUUAAGUUCAAAAUUGACUAAUAGCAACUUUUUUCUUCUAAAUUUUACAUUUAAAACAACGAUAAUGUAGCUUAGUAUUAGAUAGAAGCUUAUUUAUGCAAAAAAAAACUUUAUUGUUUUGAUUUUUUUAACAAAAAGUAUUCUCAUGUAAGGUUUGCAAAUUUUAGAAAAUCAGAUAUGUUUUCAGGUUUAUGUAUUUACAUGUAAAUUUUGUCCAUAUUUUAGGUUAUACAAAGGAAAAUGAAUACUACAUUUGUCGGCAGCAUUCUGUUUCUUUUCUUAAACAAAUCACUGACAAAUGAGACUUUGGACAUAAAUAAUGAGCAUGACAGUUCUGAGAUGGAACGGAAGCGAAGAAUUGCACAAAUAGCGUUUCUUAUUAUUUCAUGCAUAGGAAUUUUUGGAAAUUCGGUAUCAAUACUUGCUAUGGCAUCAUACAAGAAACUACGAAGUCCAACAACGACAUUUGUCAUAACCCUCUGCAUUGCUGAUGGUCUUUUUUGUGUCAUCACCUUUAUUAAUUACACCAUGCCUGAGUGGAACCAUAAUCACUACUUUUGCGUUUUGAUUACAGCAGCCAAAGCAUUAGUCGGUACCGAGACAGUGUUUCUACUAGUAGCAAUUACAAUCAACAGAUAUAUGUGUGUUUAUUACCCAAAACGGUACCGCUCGAUGUACAGAUCAAAAUACGUAGCUGGUCAGAUAACCUUUACGUGGAUGUGUGCUUUAACCUUCACCAUUUUGCCAUUCUUUGGAUAUUUUGGGAGAUAUGGAUAUCAUCCAAAAAGCGGACUUUGUAUCCUUUUGCGACCAAACUCGAAUUCGGCCAAAAUUUCUUUUUUCACAACCUUUUUUGCGCUUCCAAUUACUGUCUUUGCGAUUUGUUACUCAAGAAUUUACUGGUCCACUUAUAAGUUAUCCAAGCAAUUAAGAAGUUUUGACGUUUCAGUGAAUCCAGCCUGUGACGGAUCUUCAAAUCACGUUGAUGCUGAAGAGAUGAAAAUUUUGAAAGUGAUGUUUACCAUUUCGAUUAGUUUCGUGAUUUGCUUUCUUCCAAUGGGACUUGUCAAGUUGUUUGACAAUAAAGCAAACAUCCCUGCGCUUACUGCUCUAUCAUACUUGGGUAUCAACCUAUCAAACGUGAUUAAUCCUAUAAUAUACGUUUUGAUGGGUGCUGAAUACAGGAAGGCAUAUUUAGAACUAUUUUCCUGCAAACGAAUUCAGCAGCGGCUGUCGACUACUUCCGGUUCAAAUAUAAGAGCUUAAUUUUGGUACAAAUUUUAUUCCAUUUUUACCUUAUCUGUAAAAACAAUGAAUUUUCAAUUAUUAACAAAAAUACUAUUAAUGUACAAUUUUUUAUUUUAAUGCAACAGAAUUAUGAAUGUAAUUUACUUAUUUUUAAAACUGUAGUUGUUUGCGUGUCUUAUUGACUUUUAUAUAUUACUCAAUCAUUCCAUAUUUUACGAUAUUUAAAAUUAUUUUCAAUUAAUGACAUCUAUUUGAGAUAUAUAUGUUAGAAAGAUAUUGAGAAAAAAAACAUUGUGUUAUUCUCUAUUAAUGUACAAUUUUUUAUAAUUUAAUGUAACAGAAAUUUUAUGAAUGCAAUUUACAUAUUUUUUAAACUGUAGUUGUUUGCGUGUCUUAUUGAAUUUUAUAUAUUACUCUAUCAUUCCAUAUUUUAAGAUAUUUGAAGUUCUUUUCAAUUAAUGAUAUCUCCUUGAGAUACGUGUUAGAAAGAUAUUGAGAAAAAGAAAGUUUUGUGUUAUUCUCUAUCAAUGUCCAAUUUUUUAUAAUUUAAUGUAACAGAAAUGUUAUGAAUGUAAUUUACAUACUCUUUAAACUGUAGUUGUCUGCGUGUCUUAUUAAAUUUUAUAUAUUACUCUACCAUUCCAUAUUUUACGAUAUUUGAAAUUCUUUUCAAUUAAUGAUAUCUCUUUGAGAUACCUGUUAGAAAGAUAGUGAGAAAAGAGAAGCUUCGUGUUAUUCUCUUUGCAAUAUAUUAAUAAAUAAUUAAAAAUAAUAA